UAAAUUGGCUCCCUUACUCAAGUAGGCCUCACAGCGUUUGUGCGAGAAAAAGAUCAAGAGAGAGUGAGAGAUGGCCUCGUCGAUCGUCUCGUCCGCCGCCGUCGCCGCCGUCAACCGCGCCUCCCCGGCGCAGGCCAGCAUGGUGGCCCCGUUCACCGGCCUCAAGUCCGCCUCCGCCUUCCCCGUCACCCGCAAGUCCGCCGACAUCACCUCCAUCGCCAGCAACGGCGGCAGAGUCCAGUGCAUGCAGGUGUGGCCACCAAUUGGCAAGAAGAAGUUCGAGACUCUCUCCUACCUCCCACCCCUUUCAAGAGAGGAACUCCUCAAGGAAAUUGAGUACCUUCUCCGCAUGAACUGGGUUCCUUGCUUGGAGUUCGAGCUCGAGAAGGGAUUCGUGUACCGCGACAACCACAAAUCCCCCGGGUACUACGACGGUCGCUACUGGACCAUGUGGAAGCUGCCCAUGUUCGGGUGCACCGACCCAUUGCAGGUGUUGAAGGAGCUGGACGAGGCCAUCAAGACUUACCCCAACGCCUUUGUUAGGAUCAUCGGCUUCGACAACAAGCGUCAAGUGCAAUGCAUUAGCUUCAUCGCUUACAAGCCCCCAGGCUUCUAAGUUCACCGCGCUCGGAACUGUCGGAGCGACCCCAUCUUCUCAAUCCGGUUUAAUAGGGCCAUUUUGUGAACUUUUUUUUUUUUUUCCACGGAUUUAAGUUUCUCCUAUCAUUUUGCAUAAUGUACUUCCUUUUUUGUCCUUUUUUUGUCUCGUUGAGUUUCAGGAUGAAAUGGAAGGGAAAAUAACGAGGACAAAGUAGUGUUGUGCCAGCACUAGCUUACAGAUGUUGGCCGCUAUGCUUUGUUGAUAACAAUAUGAGAGAGCAUUUUCAAUUCUUGGAGUGCUGGUUUCUUUGUGAUUUGGCAUUUCUCGAUGUGUCUAAUGUCUAUCAGUUGCUGAUAAUUGAAAGAAGCUUUGGAAA